AUGCUGCCCUGGAGGAGGAAGACGCUGGUCCUGGUGGAGGAGGAAGGACGGAGUAAAGGGAGGAGCUUCAGCUACAGCUCCAUCCUGUCCUCGCUGCUGCGCUCCUGCCCCUCGCUGCUGCCCGCCGGACCCCCCCCCUGGGUGGGCCGCCUCCUCCACAGCAGGAGGCAGAAGGUGGAGCUCAACAAGGAGGAGCCCGUCUACACCGUCAGGUACCUAGGCAGCGUGGUCACCUUCACGGCGAAGGGCGAGGACUGCACCCGGGAGGCGGUAGAGAGGAUCUGGGCGAGGAGCGGCUUCGGGGAGCAGAGCGUGAAGAUGAACCUGAGCGUCGGAGCGCACGGCCUCCGCCUGAGCAGCGACAAGAAGAAGAAGAAGAAGAAUCCGGCGCACCUGUACUCUCUGAGCCGGAUCACGCACUGCGGCGCCGACCCGGCCCGGACCCGGAUCCUGGCCUGGGUCUACCGACACCAGGUGAGGAACCUGGCGGUGGUGCUGCGCUGCCACGCCGUGCUGCUCAGCCGCCCCGAGCAGGCGGAGGCCGUCUCCGUCAGCCUGGACCAGAGCUCCUCCUCCGCCUUCAGCGAGUUCAAGAGGCUGAAGAGGCUGAGCGACCAUCGCCACGUCCAGACCCAGCUGCUGGGGGGGGGGGUUCCUCUCAUGCCCCUCCGCAGGGUCCUGAACGGGCAGUGCCACUACAGGACCCCUGCUGACAGGACGCUCUGCUCCAUCACUGAGGAGGAGGAGGAGGAGGAGGAGGAGGAGGAGGAGGAGGAGGAGGAGGAGGAGGAGGAGGAGCAGAGGAAGGUGUUCACCACCAGCACCCGACCCCCACACAGCUCCUCUCACAGCUCGACCCUCAGAGACAUCGCCCGCCUGGAGCAGUGCCAGAUCAACUUCGUGAGCGACAACAACAACAACACGUUCACCUUCAUCACCUCUCUGGUGUGA